AUGGUGCACAUUCUCAACGGAGAGAUCGUGCCAGAUGACGACCCACGGGUGCGUGCGCAGCAGAAGCAGCCACACAGACCAAGUCAAGAGCCGCUCUCGAGCCGCUUUGGUUCAGUGCCCAAUGCAACCGACGCACCAUUUAGAGCUCCCGUGACUCCUGUGGCCGCCCGCCCGUCGCCCUUGCAAGGGUUGGCACGGCAAGUGGGACUCGAAGGCUCCGUGACCAUUCCAGCCAUGAUGGGGAUGCCAGCCAGACCUCUGCAGAAGACCCACUUGGUGGUGGCCGCGCUGCUGGCGGCGGUUUUCGGCUGGCGGGCGCUCGUGUUCCUGGUGUUCGCCUACUUCCUGUCGACGCAGCCGAGACGUCGGACUUGA